GAGGUACCAAACGGGUAUGAGGUAUGAGCGUUUGAAGGCGUUUGUAAACACAGAAAUCAAUGCUCAGAGAGCCCGCUUCAGUGAGUUGUGGGCCCAAGAACGUGACGGUUGAAUAUCGCUGCAAGUGGAAGUCAAGGGGUACCUCCGAGCACCAAGUGAUCUAGAUGUCACGAUGCCGGCUCAUUGGCAGUGGCUUUUCGUUGGCCUCCUCCUGCUGAUUCCGCACCAUUCAGGGGCGGCCUCCAAGAGAGUGAAACUGUGCCUGCAGCCCAUGGUCAGUGGUCGUUGCUUUGGAUACGUGGAGAGCUAUGCCUACAAUCCCAUAAAGCGCCAUUGCGAACCCUUCAUCUACGGCGGAUGUGGCGGUAAUGACAAUCGAUUUGGCACCAAAGCUGAGUGCGAGUUCAACUGCCGUGAUAUUUGAGAAUGUCAACCGAAAUGUCACACUUACAACAACUGUCAUUAAAGUCAAAAGCAAUACAGGUAGAAAACUAAAA